AUGAAACCCGCAAAGCCCUCUUCAGCCACCAUGGAUGAACAAACCUUCGUCCCCCCAACAAUGCGAGCCCUCUACUACGCCCCCCUUCCCACAAUCCCCAAUGACCCAACCGCCGUCUCCAGCCAAACCUCCAUAACAUUCGACACCGACUUCCCCGUCCCCAAACCGUCCCCAGCCCAAUACCUCAUCAAAGUGCAAACGACAGCCUUCUCGCACGAUGAAGUGCGUCUAGCCGGGCUAUUAAACCCCACGCAGUCGAUUCCGCAGAUCCCGCUGCACAACGUCUGCGGGACGGUGAUUAGCACGCCGAGUCAGGAUCAUUGGAAUUCGGAGGGGCCGAAAUUCAAGGUCGAUGAUGUGGUUUUUGGGCUGGUGAGUUAUUCGAGGGAUGGGGCCGCGGCGGAUUAUGUGCUUGCGUACGAGGAUGAGCUCGCGUUUAAACCGAGAAAUAUUAGUGCGGCGGAGGCUGCUACGAUUCCACUGCCUGCUCUUACGGCGUGGCAGGCUAUUUUUACCUAUGCUGGACUAGAUGACAAUCCAGACCGGAAUACAAGCAAUGGAAAGCGCAAGCAUCUCCGCGUGUUGGUCACCAACGCCUACAACAACGAAGUCGGGAUGCAAGCCAUCCAACUCCUCCGUUCCAAAUCCCUCUUCCCAAACCAGCACCGUCCCUGGAUCUGCGCGACUUGUUCCUCUCCAGAAGAAGAAUUCGCCCUCCGCCAGAAUCAUCAUGUCGACGAAACCAUCGUCGCCCCCCUCCCAGUAGACCCCUCCUUCGACCUCGCAACCCGCUUCCGCAGCAACCGCUGGGACCCCGUUGACAUCGCCCUUGACUGCGCAGACGGGUUAUUGUUCCGCCAAGCGCACUCCCCACAUGUCGUUAAGAACCAUGGCGCUGUCUUGACAGCCGUGGACUCAACGCCUGCGCAGACGCAGCAGCAUACCGAAAAGGACGAUAAGGGCAAGCGGAGCCUGUUUAGCCGGUUUAUUGCGGUGGAACCAGAUGGACAUGCGCUUGGAAGGAUAGCAAGCUUGGUUGAGGAGGAACAGGCGUUGCGGGGGAGGGCGGAGAGUAUCGUGGAUUUGGUUAAUGGGGCGGAUAUUUUGGAUGCUGGGGCGGCGGGGGCGAAUGGGGCGAGACGGGGUGGGAUGUUUGUUGUGAGGGUUAAUUGA